CCACAUUUCUCUCCCGCCACUUCAGAGAGCCAUGAAAACGGUGCAAUGAAAUGAAAUCACUUCAUCAAGCUCUCCCCUAACGGUUUCAGUCACGGAUUAUCUGUUUCGCCCCAAAAAAUCUUCAAUCAAAUCGCGCGAAUUUCAUCUUUAGGAAGGAAAAUAUCUCACAUUUGCAGGGGGAAAUGAGAAUCAGCUCCCUCAAAAACCUAGCAAAACGCGCCGCGGAUCAACACUCCCGGUGGCGCUCUUCCGCCUAUCCAAUUUCCGGCGUCUCUGCUCAAUCGCAGUUUCUGCAACAAUGCCGAGGUUAUUACUCUCGAUCUCACAAAAACCAGCUCAGUAUAACUAGGGUUUCGAAUGCCCCGUUUCUCCGGAGAUCGUAUUCGUCCUCGUCGUCUUCGAAUUCGAAGAAGGGGGUUUUGGCUUGGUAUUUGGGAAUGCUGGACUCGCGUCCCAUUCUCACGAAGAGCAUAUCUUCUGCUCUUAUAUACGCUGCCGCCGACUCCACCUCCCAGAUGAUUACAAUGUCACCUUCGGACUCGUUAGAUAAUAUCAGGGUGCUGCGCAUGGCGAGCUUUGGGCUACUUAUUUUGGGACCAGUUCAACAUGCUUGGUUUAACUUUUUGGGGAGAAAAUUGCCUAGACGAGAUGUGGCAACUACCUUGAAGAAAUUGGUGAUGGGGCAGCUUGUUUUGGGACCAUGUAUUACUGGGACUUUCUUCUCUUUCAACGCCAGCUUGCAAGGUGAAAGUGGAAAGGAGAUUGCUGCAAGGUUAAAUCGCGACCUGCUGCCAACAUUGAUGUCUGGUCUCUUGUACUGGCCAUUCUGUGAUUUCUUGACAUACAAAGUAAUCCCAGUCCAUUUGCAGCCAUUGGUGAACAGUUCAUGUGCAUACUUAUGGACCAUUUAUCUGACAUACAUGGCAAGUUUGAAGAAAGCUGUUACAGAUUAGUUUUUGAGCCUAAUUGCAAAGUUCAUCACAGCAUGAAGAAUUGAGUAAUUAACCUGUUUCCUCAUCAGCCUGCAUAGAGAAGUUCAGCUGCCUUAUAUAUAUAAUUCCCCAAAUUAUUCAUAUCAUAUUAUUCCAUAGGAUCAAUAGUUAGUAACUAAUAUCUAAUGUAUCAUUCUUACUGUUCUUUUGAAUUCUGCUUCUGCUAGUGGAGAGCUCUCCUUGUUGAGUAGUCCACUAUUAGCUAUAGCCUAUAGGCUCUAGAAUGUGCCAGCUUAGAAUGCAUGUUUGAUCACAUUUUUGAGUCUCUAUAUUAAUUGAUUCACUUUUUUCGUGAGUUGCUACUCGAA